AUUGGUCAGGAGCAGCGCAGUGGGUGGGACGGCCGCUCUUGGGUCUCCUAGGGCUGCUGGCCAGGUGCUCUAGAGUUCGGCGCCUUGCCUGAGUUUGGUGCUUCCGGCUGCUCGCCGAGGGGCUGCUCUCUGCUCCUUGCAGCGCCGGCCCGGCUCCAGAGUCUCAGAUAUGGACCUUCUUCAGUUCCUGGCAGCCUUCUCUGUCCUACUGUUGUCUGGCACAGAAGUCACAGGCACCCUGAAGAGCACUCUGGACCCGAGCCUCAAGAUUUACAAGAAGAUGUUUGAGGUGAAGCGGAGAGAGCAGCUGUUGGCGCUGAAGAACCUGGCACAGCUGAACGACAUCCACCAGCAGUACAAGAUCCUCGAUGUCAUGCUUAAGGGACUGUUUAAGGUGCUGGAGGACUCCCGGACCGUGCUCGUUGCUGCUGAUGUGCUUCCAGACGGGCCCUUCCCCCAGGAUGAGAAGCUAAAGGAUGCUUUCUCCCACGUGCUGGAGAACACAGCCUUCUUUGGUGACGUCGUGCUGCGCUUCCCAAAGAUUGUACACCACUACUUUGACCAUAAUUCCAACUGGAACCUCCUCAUCCGCUGGGGUAUCAGCUUCUGCAAUCAGACAGGUGUCUUUGACCAGGGCCCCCACUCACCUAUCCUCAACCUGAUGGCCCAGGAGCUGGGGAUCAGUGAGAAAGAUUCUGACUUCCAGAACCCAUUUAAAAUAGACCGGACAGAGUUUAUUCCUAGCAAUGACCCUUUCCAGAAGGCUUUGAGGGAAGAAGAAAAACGCCGGAAGAAGGAAGAAAAGCGGAAAGAGAUCCGGAAAGGCCCAAGGAUUUCAAGAUCCCAGUCUGAGUUGUAGCCCUGGACCAGUUUGGUGCCUAAGGGAUCAGAAAGUGGCCAGUCAGAAAAUGCUGCAACUGUGUGGCUCUGGAAUAGCACCAUCAAGCACCUUGAUGAGCACCAGCCACUUCCAGAUGGGAAUUCUGCGUUUGCUGGGUCCUCAGAAGCCAGGUUUGAGCCCUGGCCAAAAAGACUGAGCUUCCAGGAUCUUAUGGCACACCAAGGAGGCCUUGAGAAGACACAGUUCUGCAGACAGGAUCAUGCAGGGAAGCUGUUGAGGGAGGCUGGCUGAAGGAACUUCUAGCCUGGACCCCCUUGGUGAAGACAGGCUUCAGGCCAACUGCUGCCCUUCGUAAGGAAGCAGCAGAACCAGGCUUUGAGUUACAAGUGAAGGUGCUAUGUUUGCUGCCAGCCUCACUGUGUUCCUGGGCUGCCUGUCACUGGUCCAGCUCUCUGCAGAGCAAUACUAAAAGCUAGCAAAUCCACUGGCCUCCCCAAGGCUAGUGAGGAGACUAUAAGGGCAGCUACCACUUCUGGAGAUGUCGGGACCAGCCUAGAGUACAUUUCUGCCUCAUCAAGAAGGAGUCCCUGGUCUCUGCAGUGCAGAGAAACAAGAGCUAGGCUUAGGUCUCUCUCUCACUCACUCACUCACUCACUCACUACUACUCUUCAUGAUGGGCCAGUUUGGAGAGUGGACUCAGAAGUGUCCUGGGAGGGUGUUUAUUUCAAGGAGAUUUAAAAAGAACAUGAUCUCUAUUCUCAGAUAACUGGGGACAGUCAUUGAGCUGGUUCAGGGGACAAUCAACUUGUUCUCUCUGCUGCUAAAAGAUCCUGCCUGUGUAUGGGGAGAGGCUAUAGGGGACAAGUUGCAGGAGGCUGUGCUUUGUGGUGGGGCUACUGUACCUGGAUUGAUCAGACAGUGGGCUUCCUAGCUCAGGGUCAAGUAGAGUCCCGUGGACAGAGCAGGAAGCUAUGGAAGGAGCUAGGCUUUCAGAAGGCAGCCUGGUUUCUAUGAGUUUCAAAGCAGGUGGCUGCCUUGGCUCUAUUGAAAUUACAGCUCCACUUCUUUGAUCUUGCCAGUCCAAAAUGUAUCACUUAACCCCAGCCCUACCUCUACCUUCAAGUGCAGGUGUUCCAGCAGUGCUCAAUAGAGACCUGAGUCUUAGCCUGACUGACCUGACCUGCUCUUUCUGACCCUGUGCUGUGCCUUCAUUGGUAAAAUAAAUUUGAUGGUGUCUAAAUCCUCUGACAAGCUCUAAA